GUUAUACAGCCCUCUGAAGACAGACUGUUGCAUUGCACCUUUUCUUCCUUCUCUUCCUAUGAGGAAGUGAAAGAAAGGCACAUAUAAGGUCGGUUUGUUUUGCUUAGGGUCGCCAUUUCAGUAUGUCACACUUCAGCAGCCGCUUCGCAAUGAACUCAUGUACUCUGAGUCUCUACAAACAGCUUGACUGAGUAUUUCGAUCGACAGUUUAAGUUUAAAUCUCACCAACCUGACGUAGGAUACAUGGACCUGGUCAGCUGCCCUACCCCUCCUGUCGUUCAUGAUGACUGUCUGGAGUCUUGGCAGCAGAUUGGCGCUGGUGGAUUUGGACAGAUCCAUAGGGCAAAACAUAAAAAAUGGGGAAUGGAUGUUGCCAUAAAGAUAUUACAUGAUAAUGAUGGCUCCAACUCAUAUCUCCUCCGAGAGGCAGACUUAAUGCGUCAUGGUGGGAACCCCAAUGUGUUGAGAAUUCUGGGUGUUUACAAAAGUCAAGUUCAAGGAGACAGGUCUGCCAUUCAGAUGGGUUUAGUCAUGGAAUACAUGGAGAGAGGAUCUCUGGCAGACCUCCAGAUGGCUUUGAAUGGAUCCCCGCCCUGGGCUCUUACCUUUCGCAUUAUUAACCAGAUUGCCCUGGGAAUGAACUUCCUCCACCAGUUGGAACCACCUCUUCUGCACUUGGACCUGAAACCCAGCAAUGUGCUAUUGGAUGACAGUCUCAAUGCCAAGCUCACAGAUUUUGGUCUAUCCAAAAUAGCUAAAAGUACUUCCAAAGUGAUUGAAGAGGAAGAUGAGGCAGUAGCUGGGACCACAAGCUACAUGCCCCCGGAAGCAUUUCGGUCCUCUCAAUAUGUCCCUACCUUUUCCUCUGAUGUUUACAGCUACGGCAUACUGUUGUGGUCAGUUAUCACUGGAAAGCAGCCAUACAUCGUUAAGUUCUCUAGUUUGGUGCGGUUUCGUGUCCGUGAAGGUGACAGACCUGAUCUGACAUCUCUAGACAGCAGCCAGGCAGAUGGACUCGGUGACCUGAUUGAUCUGAUGAAGCGCUGUUGGGAUUCUGAUCCAGAAAAAAGACCCUCAUUCAUGGACUGCAUUGAGGUCACAAAGAAUGUGUACGAGCUGCACAAACAACAUGUGCCUGAUGCUGUCCACUCCGUCCUGAAACAGCUGGAAAAUAAAGACAAAAACAGUUCAAGUUUUGCAUCACUCUGCACCCACCCUCAAACAGAGAAUGGACUAAAAGAACACACUGAUCCUAUUGUGAAGACUCAUAUACCCACACAGGAAAUGGGUCCUAUCCCUACAGCCAGCGGAGCAGGGACAUUUGCUCAGUCACGUUCUCCAAUCUUACCAGGAAUGUAUUGUAAGCCAGCUACAAGUGCUCCACCCAUCAACUGUAGGCCCCUAAAUACAUUGAGGCAAAAUUCAGUUCCAAGCACUGUGAGCAUCUGCUUAUCCAAUGUCAAAGGAGUACAAAUUGGCAACAAUAACUACAUGAACGUGAAUAUGCAAGGAACAAGACAGCGGCAGAGACACCCAACAGCACCCUCAGGCACACGUCAGCCUUCCAAACGUCAGCAGAACCCCCCCAAUAUCAAAUCCUAAGAUUUUCUUUUGGGUUGUUUUUUUGACGUUCUCAUCCAAUAGAAUCAAUAGAAUCUAGCAAUUCCUUGGGUCAGAAGACAAUAUCAAAUAUUCUCAAAUUCUAUUUUCUACUUUCCGCCUAUUACUUGUUCUUUAACUCGUUUUCUUUUUACUCAGAAUCCUUUGGUCUGUGUGGUUUGUCUGAUAUAAAAAUGCAUGUUGUAGUAGGUUCCUUGUUUUGUUCUCCAUAAUAUUUUUAUGAUUUAAAUGUCUCCUUAGUGUAUAUAUGUGGUAUGGCUUGCCUUGCCUUGGGAUAAGUUUUGGAUCCACUGCAACCCUGACUUAACUGUUUUAUUGUACUAUGAUACUGCUGCUAUGUUACUGUAAAUUUGCUGCUUUUGUAUGUUUCAGAGAUUCACAAUCUCAUCAGAAUAUACUAAAAUCUAAUACCUGUU